GGAAUGUUUGUAACUACUGUAAGCAGGAUGGUCAUAUGAUUGUCGAGUGUCCGGAGAAGAAAAAUAUGUGCAAUUAUUGUAAACAAGAGGGCCAUGUGAUUGCGGAUUGUCCUACUCUAGCUCGUCGGGGUCGUGGUCGUGGCAAUGGCUCCCGUGGUGGACCUAGUCCUGGGGCAGCCUACGCUACAAUGAUGGUUGCUGCUGAACCAUCUUCUUCUCUCACGUCGGCCGAUGUUCAACGUCUUGUCCAGGAGGUGUUGAAGGAAGCUCUUCCUACCACUCUUACUUCGGCUUUUGCUACGGGACAUGAAGACGGGACAAGAGCUAGGGAGAGGGAGUAAGAGGUCGGACAUUUAUUUUGGAUUCUUACUCUCGGUGAGGAGGCUAGGAUGUGAGGAGUCUUGAAGAAAGGAAGGUUGCGGCAGUAGGGAGCUUAGGAGUAGCUCAGCAUAAUUUGUCGGAUUCUAGUAGAGAUUUGUUGGUUUUUGCAAUUAAAUUAUCAGAUUGGGAUUUAUGGCAUUUUCGUUUGGGUCAUCCUCAUUCUGCUCGACUUCGUACUAUGUUUCAGAAUAUGGUUAUCUGGUACUGUUUUGUAUUAUCAGAUUGAUGAGUGUGUUCA